UGUAAAAUAUAGUUAUCCAGUUUGAAUUCAGUGGACUUAUUUACCCCUUUUCUCACGUCGCUAAAGUAGAGUUCCCUAUUUGCUGAAGCAGAACUCUACAUUGCGUACCCCUGUGGCGACCCCACAUUCAACCCGCAAGAAGCGAGUACGGGCUUGUGAGAGUAGUGUCUGGUUUUUUUUAAAAUUAAGUUGGAUUUUGCGUUAAGUUGUGUGUGCAUUAAUUCUUCUCCUCAAAAUUGAGAGCAUAGUUUCAUUUGAAAUUUACAUUUUGUGUAAAAUUGUAAGAAAAUUCAGUGGAAGGUACCUAUAGUUUCUAACCUGUUUACCGCAGGCCACGUGGCCAAUGGCAUCAGGGAAAUCGCAAUGAAUUGUUCUCAAGAUUCUUCUGAGAAAUGGGAGUCUGUUACACCGAGGAAGAAUAGUAAAAUUAACUUAACAAGGAAGAAAAAUGUUGAAUCUUCUGAAUCGUUGCCAAAAACUCAGGAAAUUGAAGUUAUUUUAAAGAAGAAGCAACCUGUCAUCUCUAAGAGCAAUAAUGAGAUUAGUGUCUAUCCAAAGACGCAUAUUGGCCCUGCAUUUGUUUCUGUCAUAAUUGAACCAGAUUUUCGUAAACGAACAACGAGUCAGAAUUUAUUAUAUUUGGCUAAAACCACCCAUUCCUUAAAGGCUAGUACCGAGGAGGUUAUCCCCUCAGGUAGGGGUAAGGCUGAAGUUAAAUUUAAAAUUGGGGAGGCAGCAAACAGUUUUGUGUUAAAUCCUGUUUGUAAGCAGGAAGGAAUUAGGGUUUUUAUUCCCUAUUUCAGGACCCAGAGAAGAGGUAUUUUGAAAAACUUUGAUUUGGAUCUAAACGUAGAGGAUAUUAUUUCCAAUUCUUCAUCCCCAUGUAAGAUUUUGAAGGUCAUGAGGUUGAAUAGAAGAAAAUAUGGUGAAAAUGGCAAAGUAGAAUGGGUUCCCAGUGAAUCUGUCCUUAUCACUUUUGAGGGUGGUAUAUUGCCUGAUUUCAUUAAAGUUUAUGGUCUGUAUAACAUGAAAAUUGAGGUUUAUAUUGAACCUAUUAAGGUCUGCUAUAAAUGUUUUCGAUUUGGACAUCUAAGUUUUGUAAAAGUCUACCUAGAUGUAGAUUCUGUGGGUCAUCGGAGGAGCACACAGAAGAGGGUACUUGCUCCUGAGAAGGAAAUUAGUAAAAUUAAGGCCUUCAAGAAUGUCCCUCAUUUGGAAGCCAAAAAGAUGGCUAUGGGGUGCCUUGGUCUAGUUCAAGGUAAUGCUGUUUCUCAUUUUCCUGCAGUCACGUCAGAAAACUUCCCUGAGUUGAAGAAGCCGUCACCAGAGAAUAUUAUUACUAUUAAAUCUUUUGGAGGACAGGAAAUCCCUUCCUCUCCAGUAUCAUCAUCAUGGAAGAAUACUCCUUCUUUCUCUAAGAAUCUUACUCACUCUUCAAGAAAUUCACCUGUUAAUAUUAGUGAUAAAUCUGAUAUUAAAGUGUCUCAUCUAAGUUCAGAUAAAAUUUGCAAGGAUAAUUACUCAGCUAAGUCAGUUCCUAAAGUUGCAGUUAAAGUGCUGCAUGAAACUUCAGAUACAGUAUCCAAUCGUUCAUCUUCAUCUAUUGCAUCCUCCAGUAACAAGAAAGCAGAUAUUAAGCAAUAUAAACCUAAUUUUCUUAAGAAGAAAUAGUAAUGGACCAGGAUCUUAACAUUUUUUUAUGGAAUUGUAGAAGUAUUAAAAACAAAAAUGCUGAAUUAGAAGUCUUUUCAGUACAAUAUGAUAUUAUCAUUUAUACUGAGACAUGGCUCAAGCCUGAUAUUAGGUUUAAUAUUCCUGGAUUUUAUUGUCUAAGAAAAGACAGAACAGACCAUAGAGGAGAGGUGGUGUGGCUUUUUUUGUCAAAAGAGGUCUGUCCGCCAAACUUUUGAGUAAUGUUAUCAGUCUUGAUGAAUUCACUGAUAUGUGUUCCAUUCGGGUAGAAAAUU